GCAUUCCUUAGAGUAUAAAAUUGUAGGUUGAGAUUUCUGUCUCUGUGAGCAUAGUUAUUUGUUCAUGGCACAGGAGGGCGUGAUCCCUGUUUUUAUUUCUAUGGGGCUUCCAUAGAGAAGGCAGAGAGAAAUAAUUUCCUUCAGGUUUGGGUCCAUCCGGCAUUUGUUAGGCAAGAGAUUGUCUUGUACAUAGGAGCAAGAGCACAAUGUACCUGGCCUUUUCUUCCCUUGUCAGAAGCUGGGGAUUCUGAGUUUCUUCUAAGCAAUUCUAGGACCAUUUCAUAUUGCACUUACCCAGUCAAAUGAGAACUUGAAUCUACAAUUUUUGAAGAAGGUACUUGAAGAGAAGGACAACAGGGACAAGGACAGGCUGGCAAUGGGAGAGAAUACUGCUGGAAUUAGACCUUUGGUAUCAUCGUGAAAAGGCCUGGAAGAAACGUUGGUUUAUCCUGCGGAGUGGCCGGAUGAGUGGUGACCCAGAUGUUCUGGAAUACUACAAGAAUGAUCACUCCAAGAAGCCCCUGCGCAUCAUCAACCUGAACUUCUGUGAGCAGGUGGAUGCAGGCCUGACCUUCAACAAGAAGGAAUUGCAGGAUAGUUUUGUGUUUGAUAUCAAGACUAGCGAGCGCACCUUUUAUCUGGUGGCUGAGACAGAGGAGGACAUGAAUAAAUGGGUCCAGAGCAUCUGUCAAAUCUGUGGCUUCAAUCAGGCUGAAGAGAGCACAGACUCCCUGAGAAACAUUUCCUCAGCCAGUCAGGGCCCCCGCUCUUCUCCAGCUGAGCUCAGCAGCUCCAGUCAUCACCUGCUCCGAGAACGGAAAUCCUCAGCCCCAUCACACUCCAGCCAGCCAACUUUGUUCACAUUCGAGCCCUCUGUGUCCAACCACGUGCAGCCCACCCUGUCCACCAGUGCACCUCAGGAGUAUCUCUACCUGCACCAGUGCAUAAGCCGGAGAGCAGAGAAUGCAAGGAGCGCCAGUUUCUCUCAGGGCACCAGACAAAAGAGCGACACAGCAGUACAAAAACUGGCCCAGGGCAACGGACACUGUGUUAACGGGGUCAGCGGUCAAGUCCAUGGCUUCUAUAGCCUUCCCAAGCCAAGCCGGCACAAUACAGAAUUCAGAGACAGUACCUAUGACCUUCCCCGGAGCCUGGCCUCCCAUGGCCACACCAAGGGCAGCCUCACAGGGUCAGAGACAGAUAACGAGGAUGUGUACACCUUCAAGAUGCCCAGCAACACCCUGUGCCGGGAGUUUGGGGACCUCCUGGUGGACAAUAUGGAUGUUCCAACCACUCCACUCUCCGCCUACCAGAUCCCCAGGACAUUCACAUUGGAUAAGAACCACAAUGCCAUGGCAGUGGCCGCUCCUGGAGACUCAGCCAUCGCCCCCCCACCCCGGCCCCCCAAGCCAAGUCAGGCAGAAACACCUCGAUGGGGCAGCCCUCAGCAGAGGCCUCCAGUCAGUGAAAGUAGAUCUGUCGCUGCCACCAUCCCCAGGCGCAAUACCCUCCCUGCGAUGGACAACAGCAGACUACAUCGAGCUUCUUCCUGUGAGACCUACGAGUACCCGCCACGCGGUGGAGAGAGUGCAGGCCGGUCUGCCGAGUCCAUGAGCGAGGGAGUCAGUUCUUUCCUGCCAGGGAAAACGCUCGUGGGUCGGUCAGACAGUGCCAGUUCAGAAGAUAACUAUGUGCCCAUGAACCCGGGUUCUUCUACCCUGCUAACCAUGGAGCGGGCAGGUGAUAAUUCCCAGAGCGUCUACAUCCCCAUGAGCCCAGGGCCCCAUCCCUUUGACCCGCUUGGCUACCCAUCCACAGCCCUUCCUAUGCACAGAGGCCCCAGCCGAGGAAGUGAGAUCCAGCCGCCUCCUGUCAACCGCAACCUCAAGCCUGACCGGAAGGCAAAGCCAACACCUCUUGACCUGAGAAACAAUGCUGUCAUUGAUGAGCUCCCCUUCAAGUCUCCUGUCACCAAGUCUUGGUCCAGGGCCAACCACACCUUCAACUCCAGCUCCUCCCAGUACUGCCGCCCCAUCUCCACACAGAGUAUCACCAGCACGGACUCAGGAGACAGCGAAGAAAACUACGUCCCUAUGCAAAACCCAGUGUCUGCAUCUCCUGUUCCCAGUGGCACCAACAGUCCAGCCCCGAAGAAGAGUACUGGCAGCGUCGAUUACCUGGCCCUGGACUUCCAGCCGGGCUCCCCAAGCCCCCACCGCAAGCCAUCCACGUCAUCUGUCACAUCAGACGAGAAGGUGGACUAUGUCCAGGUGGAUAAGGAGAAGACCCAAGCUCUGCAGAACACCAUGCAGGAGUGGACAGAUGUGCGCCAGUCCUCAGAGCCUUCCAAGGGCGCCAAGCUGUGACGUGGGGCCACCAAGCCAGAGAGAGGCCAGGAGGCAGGAGCCCAGCUGGCUCCUCUCCAUCUCCUUCCUCUCUCAGCUCCCUCCCUGCCCCUCCACUUUGCCACUCUUGGCCUUCAAAGCACUUGACAUCAGGGACCCUGACCCUUCCCUGGAAGGUGAGGCCCUGAGGGUACUUCCUCUGCCCACCUGGGGCCCACCUGUGACUUAUCAAUACUGGCUGUGCCUCCACCCACCUUAGUUAGGAGCUAUUGCCAAAAAACCUCCUCCUGGCCUGGAGACCUGACUGUCCACUGAACGCUGGAGGGAGGGCGGGGACUCUGAGCCAGGCUUACCACCUCACGUUCAGCCACAGCCCUCCACCCUCUGUCCUCCUCCUCUGGGCUACCUCUCCUUCAGUCCCAGAAGAGGACAACCCAGGGAGCCGAGGACCAGCAGACCAAAGUGGACGUGGACUUUCUCAUUCCUGUUUUUCUCAACAGGCAAGAGGCAAGGCUGCCAAAAGAUGAAAUUAGUUGAGAUGAAGGUCAGAGGUAAUCUUAAGGGACAAAGGAACUCUGUCCCCAGAAAGAAGGGCAGUUCAUACCUGCCGGGGUCCCCAGUUUCAGGCCAAAGCCACACAGAGCUAGUACUUGGGAGUGGGAGAUGCUGAAGGCUAAAAGACAGAAGGAAGGGAACCCUGGGAAUGAUGGGCAACCAGAACACCAAGAACAGGGCCUGGAGUGGCAAGGACACUGUGCACUCGGGCCCCAGACCUCUGGUGUCACAGGGCACUCUGGGACAGAGAGCAGUCCUUCCGGAGCACCCUGCAGAAGGAGGCCUGGACUGAGCUGGCAACUCGGGGUGUGGGAGCGCCAGCAUGGUAAGGGGGUGAGGGAGGGAAUGCAGUGGAGGUGGAGGUGAUGCAAGGGUCAAGGGGAACCCUGGGGCAAGGGCGUGCCAGGCAUGGGGCAGCGCAGGGACACUGCAGAGGGGAUGGUGCAGCAAGUAAGUUUCUGUGGACUGGGAGGGUGCAGAGGGAGCCUGGUGAUCGGGAGGCAGGGCGUGAGCCACGCAGCAAGUGAGGAAGCACAGCCCGGGGCCUGGUGAAGAGCCCAGGGCAGCUUGUGGGUCUUCAGGAUGGGACGAAGUGAAGGAGUGACACCUUGUACAAGGGCAUUCCUAGGACCGAGGAUGGUGGGUAAAGUAGGGAAGAGUCUAAAUUUCUUAUGUUGAAAGUUAUUGACCAGAUUUUCAAGUUUCAGAGGCAACAGGACAGACCAGUCAUUUCAUUGUGCCCCAGGGUGAGCAGCCCUUCUUCCUCCACAAGUAUGACUCCCCACCACGCUUGGUGCAGGCGGCCCCCACUCAGCCCUGCGCUCCCAGGAGCACGCACACCUCACCAGGCCGACGGCCUGGCGCCUCUCCAGGAAGUCCCAGCCUGGGAGCGGUCCUUGCCUCAACAGUAGCCUGCUCCUGGUGUUAGCUGAACGCAGCUCCAGGAUCAUUUAGGUCACUGAACGUGAGAAGGUCCCAUGAAAAAGGACAAGGACACAAGAUAGACGCUGGUGAAGUGCUAAGGAAAUGAAGACACUUCUCAAGGGGCUGAGGCAGAGUGGGGAGCAGGUGCAGCCAGAGAAGGCGAUUCUAGGAAGAUGAGCCUCUGAGCAGCGGAAGGAAAAGGAACGAAGGGCCUAGGUCCGUCCAGUGGAGGGAGCAGGAGGGAGAGGCUCGGAAAACCUUUCGCUCUGAGGGCAAAAGCAGCUGGAGGGUGGGCACAGACCUCGGAAGUGCCGAGGCCAUACCUCAGUGUCCCCACGGUUAAAUGGUGGCUGUGGCUACCCCAGGCAGGGUUUGCAGGGUGCUGGUUCACUCUGCGCACCCCGACUGUCCCUGUAAGGCUCUCUACAGGGGUCCCACAUGGCUGAGGCUUUAAUUGGUGCUGCCCUGUUGACACAGGGUGCCAUAAAACUGUCAUGUUCUGAAUGUGCCAUGAAGUGAAUGAAACUGGUUGGUCCUCAGACAGGUGUCGAUGCCAGUCAGUCGUAUAGAGGGUUCCCUGCUCUUCGUUUCUGUGACCACCCAAACCCUCAGGAUGCAAGAAUGGGUGAAGAAAGGACCAGAGGAGAGGAGCCUGUGGAGAGCAGAGCUCUGUCUCUCAAGCCCCAAACCACCAGGCGCAUCUAACACACACCCAUUGCCCACCCCCCAAAAGAGGAAGCCAACUCGGUUUAAAAAAAAACAGGUCUUUUGGCCUACGCACAGGUCAAAGUUCACCUCCUGGUGAGACCCCAAAACAGGGACACCUCUCACCUAACAGCCCACACAAGGACUGGUCUUGCCCAGGGCUCUCCACAGGAGCCGCCAUCACCCACCUCCAGCUUCGUACCUACGAGGUCGUCAUACCUGCAAGGGUCAAGAAAGGUCAAGUGGGAACAAAGGAAAGGGACUGUCCACGAGAAGGGAGGCUGGGUCAGGGGGUCCCAGAGCCGCCGAGCUGUGGAAGAGGCUUGGAGGGGAGCUCUCUCCAGGGUCUGGCUUGGCACCCAGAGCAUCAGCCAGUUAACUCAGUCCCCUCCCUAGCUUGAUCUUGGUGACUUCUGCAUUUCACAUCAUUGACCCAAGCCCAUUCUCAGAACAGAAGCACAACCAAGUUUUCAGAGCCCAGGCUCCGUUCUGCUUCUCCCUGCCGCAGAGCUCUAGGCGCGGCCCCAAGCUGUCCCCCCACCCCCACCCCUUUGACAGAGCUCUGGAGGAACGCAGGGGAGUUAGCUCUUCCUUCUGGGCCCUCAGCUGCAAAAGUGUGGGGACUGAGGCUGUCCCCAUGGGGCCAUCUUUUUGGGACUUGCCAAGUUCUGUGGGACCAGCAGGCUCCCUGAAGGGACUGCUGGAGGCGAUGCUGUUCUGUGGUGUCUGGUGGUGCGUGUUCUUGUGUAAUUUGUUGACUACUUGUAUCUUGAAUCUUAGAAUCAUUUCGCACAGAAUUGUCACUAUUUGUUGGGAAGAAAAACUGGGCCAGAAGCAGUCCAGUCUUCUUGUCUUGUUACCAUUUAAAAUUGACAUUUAAUUUUUCAAAUCACUGUUGGUGCCUAAUCAUUUAAGUUAUUAAUUUAUUCUGUUUUCUUUUUUAAAAAUUUGUAACACGUAUUUAUCUUGUGAGCAGGUCUGGGGGUGGGGUGGGAAACAUGUUCAUUUGGGCUGUGUUUUUGCUGUGGUGACACAUGGUACAGGCCUGGAGCUUGCAGGUCCCUUUUUACUGUGGUAUUGGAGCAGGACAACAAUAAAGUCCUUUAGAA